CACCAAUCGCGAUCCGCGCGAGAGCUCUCUGCUCCAGAUGAAGAGGUAAGUGACGGGCGAUCUCGAAAGCGCCGGCCAGCAUGCGCGCCAUAUUCUGGAAUCCAGCACGUUCGCCAAGGGGCUGCUGAAAGUCAUGGGCGUGUUGGCGGUUACCAUGGUUAUAUCGGAUGGACUGCUCACGCCAGCCCAGUCGGUGCUGGGCGCCGUCCAAGGCAUCAAGGUUGUCCAGCCUGGCAUCUCCAAGGGAACUGUUAUCGGCACUACGGACGCAAUCCUGGUGGUGCUGUUUUGUCUGCAGCCGCUUGGGAUAUCUAAAAACACGCUUGCCUUCUCUCCAAUAGUGAUUAUCUGGCUUGGGUUCAACGCCGGGUUUGGGAUAUACAAUCUCGUCACGUAUGAUGCCGGCGUGUUUGUCGCUUUCAAUCCUGCUCUGGGAUUUAAAUUCUUGAUCCGCCAUGGGGAGCACGGAUGGAAGAUGCUGGGUGGCAUCCUGCUGACCUUCACAGGGGUCGAAGCGCUCUUUGCAGACCUGGGUGCGUUCAGUCGAAGAGCCAUUCAGAUCAGCUGGCUGGGCUACACGUUUCCGUGCUUGCUGCUGGCCUAUAUCGGACAGGCAGCCUAUAUCAGCGUUCAUCCAGAGGCGUACGCCAAUCCCUUCUUCAAUGCUGCUCCGCCGGGAACCAUGUAUCCUGCUCUGAUUAUCGCAAUUCUGGCUGCCAUUGUCGCAUCGCAAGCUAUCAUCACGGCCACGUUUCAGCUCCUUGCUCAAGUAAUGAAGCUCUCGUACUUUCCGCAGAUCAAAAUCAUCCAUACCUCCAAGGCUUUCCACGCCCAGCUCUAUAUCCCCGUAGCGAACUGGCUGCUUAUGAUCGGGACAAUACUCGUAGCAUCCAUCUAUAACAAUACCACCUCCCUUGGCAAUGCCUACGGUGUGUGCGUCAUGUUCGUGACCUUCUUCGACACCUGCAUGGUCUCACUAGCUGCCAUGUUUGUCUGGCGUAUCAGCCCAUACAUCAUCGUCCUGCCAUUCCUCGUCUUCGCCUGUCUGGACGGCACGUUCCUCUCGUCCGCCCUCACCAAAGUCCCCGUCGGCGCCUGGCUCACCAUCACCCUCGCCACCCUCCUCGCCCUCCUCCUUCUCCUCUGGCGAUACGGCAAGGAACAACAAUGGCUCGCAGAGGCCGAAGACCGCUUCCCAACAUCCCACCUCGUCACCACCACCGAUGGCCAUCUCCAUCUCACCGACCGCUUCGGCAGCACCCCCAUCAGCACCACCCGCGGGCUAGGCAUCUUCUUCGACAAAGCAGGCGAAACCACCCCCAUCGUCUUCACCCAGUUCCUCGUCAAACUGCUCUGCAUCCCCGAGGUCGUCGUCUUCUUCCAUCUCAGACCCCUCGAGACGCCCUCCGUCGCCCUGGAAAACCGGCACUCUGUCUCCCGCCUCGCCAUCCCAAAUUGCUAUCGUCUCGUGCUGCGCUACGGAUACAACGACCACAUCAUCACACCUGACCUGGCAUCAGUCAUCACCGAUCAGAUCCGUAGAUAUCUCUUCACGAACGCCGAGUUGCCGGAUUCCCCUGCCCAUGACAGCCCCUCCGGCGCCCCCUCGGUCAGCGAAGGGCAGCUAGGUGGCGACCUGGCCCGGCUCGACGACGCAUACAAACAUAGCCAGCUUUACAUUAUCGGCAAAGAAGAAAUGAUAAUCAAAAAGAGCCGAAACUAUGCGCGAACGGUUCUGUUGCAUGUCUUUCUCUGGUUGAGGGAUAACACACGGACUAAGAUGGCCAACUUGCGUGUGCCAACGGAUAAAGUUAUCGAGGUCGGCUUUCUGAAGGAGCUUUGACUGUACAUGAUGUUUCCAGCUUUAGGAUAUUUCAUCGACGAGGACAGACUGGAAACCUGUCACUAGUCUUGUACUGGUGAUAAUGAGGCGAACCUGGUUCCCUGGAGUGGAGUUUUCACAGGAUUAGGCCAUGGCAUAUUUUGAUAUGGGAG